CGGGGGGCACAGAUACGCUGCAGGGCGCAGCUGCUCAGCAUCAACAAGCCUCGUCCCAGAGCUGUCACACGUGCACUCGCGUUCUCUCAGUGAAAGCUGACCCGAGUGUCGCUCGAUCUCGUUUCGGCUCCUCGGUUCCCCUCACGGUGGAAGGGAGGCGAUUUGUCCUCGCCGCCAUUUUUAAGGGGAAACCUGCCCAUCGAGAGGAGAGAGAAAGUUUGCUAGCUAGCUAAUGCCCCCAAACGUUAGCAGCUAGCUAGCUAGCAGGUUGGCCAGUAGCCUCGUCUGCCUCCCUGCCUCGCUUUGCUCGGCGACUCUCCGCUGUGACAGUCGACGCUUGACAGUCGUCAGCCCGGCCGCCUCGCCUCACGACGACUCGCUCCCCGCCACCGGCCAGUGUGGGCGACACAGGCGGCGAACGGCACAGCACGACGGAGCGCGACCGUCUCUACAAAAGGCUCUGGUGCUGUCACGUUAGCGCAUUAGCACUGCUAGCUUGGGAGCCAGCGGAUUCACACUCGGGACUCCGCCGGACUUGCGUUGCCUCGUCCGUGAUUUGGCGUCAAGCCGCCUUCGCUCGGCUCUUGUUGACUGGACUGUAUCAGCCGCCAACACCCCACUUCCCCCGCCCGUGUGGAUUCAUCCCCUGGACGAGGCGCCCAUGUGCUGAUUCCUCAGGCCCAUCCAUUACUGCAGAUGAAUCUUCAGCUGCUUUGGCGUAGCUCAGCACCCAGAUAGUCCCGUCCCCUUUGAGUGGGUGAUAAGGGGACUACAUUAACCAGGAUGCCCUCCUCUGUACGGGCAGGGAGCCUGAAGGAUCCAGAUGUGGCUGAGCUGUUCUUCAAAGAAGACCCGGAGAAGCUUUUCUCAGACCUCCGGGAGAUCGGCCAUGGCAGCUUUGGCGCAGUCUACUUUGCACGAGAUAUACGCACAAAUGAGGUGGUGGCAAUUAAAAAGAUGUCCUACAACGGCAAGCAGUCCAACGAGAAAUGGCAGGACAUCAUCAAGGAGGUGAAGUUUCUCCAGAGGAUCCGGCACCCCAACAGUAUAGAAUACAAAGGUUGUUACCUCCGUGAGCACACAGCAUGGCUGGUGAUGGAGUACUGUCUUGGCUCAGCCUCUGAUCUGCUAGAAGUUCAUAAAAAGCCUCUACAAGAAGUGGAGAUCGCUGCCAUUACACAUGGUGCUCUGCAGGGGCUGGCCUACCUUCAUUCCCACAAUAUGAUCCACAGGGACGUGAAGGCAGGUAACAUCCUGCUGACUGAGCCGGGGCUGGUCAAACUGGCAGACUUUGGCUCUGCCUCCAUCGCCUCGCCUGCCAACUCCUUCGUGGGAACGCCAUAUUGGAUGGCCCCGGAGGUGAUUCUAGCUAUGGACGAAGGCCAAUAUGAUGGGAAGGUGGAUGUCUGGUCCUUGGGGAUCACCUGUAUAGAAUUAGCGGAGAGGAAGCCUCCCUUGUUUAACAUGAAUGCAAUGAGUGCCUUAUACCACAUAGCGCAGAAUGAGAGCCCCACACUGCAAUCUAGUGAAUGGACGGAUUACUUUAGAAACUUUAUCGAAUCUUGCCUUCAGAAAAUCCCACAAGACAGGCCGCACUCUGACGACAUGCUGGGCCAUGCAUUUCUGCAGCGUGAACGUCCGGACUCCGUGCUGAUGGAUCUCAUUCAGAGGACCAAAGAUGCAGUGCGAGAGCUGGAUAACCUGCAGUACCGCAAGAUGAAGAAGAUCCUCCUUCAGGAGGCUCACAACGGACCCGCUGCAGAAGCACAGGAUGGAGAUGAGGACCUGGAGCCUGGCGGAGGUCGGACAGGAACGGUGAACAGUGUCGGCAGUAAUCAGUCCAUCCCCAGCAUGUCCAUCAGCGCCAGCUCCCAGAGCAGCUCUGUCAACAGUCUGAAUGAAGCGGCUCAGGACAGCCGCAGCGAGCUGGACCUGAUGGACGGUGACCACACGGUCAUGUCCAACAGCUCAGUCAUACAUCUCAAACCGGAAGAAGAGGAGAGUUUCUCUGGGGAGCAGGCAGCCAGCAGUGAACCCUCCGAGCCGCAGGCGACACCAGCUCCAGCCCCAAGGAAGCACUACCGCAACAGAGAGCAUUUUGCCACCAUACGCACAGCGUCACUUGUGACCCGCGAGAUGCAGGAACAUGAGCAGGACUCUGAGCUUCGGGAGCAAAUGUCAGGAUACAAACGCAUGAGACGACAGCACCAGAAGCACCUGAUGGGCCUGGAGAACAAGCUGAAAGCGGAGAUGGACGAGCACCGCAUGAGGCUGGACAAAGAGCUGGAGAGUCAGAGAAGCAACUUCACCCAAGAGAUGGAGAAGCUGCUCAAAAAACACCAGGCCGCCCUGGAGAAAGAUCUGAAGACAUUUAACAACGAUGAGAAGAAGUUCCAGCAGCACAUCCAGGUGCAGCAGAAGAAGGAGCUCAGCAGUUUCCUGGAGUCUCAGAAGCGAGAGUAUAAACUACGCAAGGAGCAACUUAAAGAGGAACUGAGUGAGAACCAGUCCACUCCAAAGAAAGAGAAGCAGGAGUGGCUGUCCAAGCAGAAGGAGAACAUCCAGCACUUCCAGGCGGAGGAGGAGGCCAACUUGCUGCGGAGACAGAGGCAGUACCUGGAGCUGGAGUGUAGGCGGUUCAAACGCAGGAUCCUCAUCGCCAGACACAAUGUGGAGCAGGAUCUGGCCAGAGAGGAGCUGAACAAACGGCAGACACAGAAGGACUUGGAGCACGCCAUGCUGCUCAGGCAUCACGAGUCGAUGCAGGAGCUGGAGUUCAGGCACCUGGGGACGAUCCAGAAAGCGCGGGCAGAGCUGAUCCGGACCCAGCACCAGACGGAGCUCACCAACCAGCUGGAGUACAACAAGAGGAGGGAGAGGGAGCUGAGGCGCAAACAUGUCAUGGAGGUCCGACAGCAGCCCAAGAGCCUCAAGUCUAAGGAGCUUCAGAUUAAGAAGCAGUUCCAGGAGACGUGUAAAACACAGACCAGGCAGUACAAGGCCCUCAGGAACCAUCUGCUUGAGACCACGCCCAAGGCCGACCACAAGGCCGUGCUGAAGAGGCUGAAGGAGGAGCAGACCAGGAAGCUGGCCAUCCUGGCCGAGCAGUACGACCACUCCAUCAAUGAAAUGCUCUCCACGCAGGCUCUGCGGUUAGAUGAAGCUCAAGAGGGCGAGUGUCAGGUUCUACGGAUGCAGCUGCAGCAGGAGCUGGAGCUGCUCAACGCGUACCAGAGCAAGAUCAAGAUGCAAACGGACGCUCAGCAUGACAAGGAGAGGAGGGAGCUGGAGCAGAGGGUGUCUCUGCGGAGGGCUCUGCUGGAGCAGAAGAUUGAGGAGGAGAUGCUCGCCCUGCAGAACGAACGCCUGGAGCGAAUCCGCUCGCUGCUGGAGCGCCAGGCCCGAGAGAUCGAGGCUUUUGACUCGGAGUCCAUGCGACUGGGCUUCAGCAACAUGGUGCUCACUAACCUCGCCACCGAUUCCCAGGGAGGCUGGGGGGCAGGAGGUGGAGGAGGCCAGGGGGCUCAGGGGGGAGGCCACUGGCCUGGAGGAAGUGGAGGAGGAGGAGGAGGAGGCCACCAUAGUCAUCACCACCAGGGGAGCUCCAGCUCUCAGCAGCCCUGGGGUCACCCCAUGCUGGCUGGGGGUCCGCCCCCCUGGAGCCUCCACCACCCCGGAGGUGGGAAUCAGAGGGGGGGUGGGGGCGGCGUUGUGGGAGGGGUGAGGAACAGCCCGCAGGCUAUGAGGAGGACGUCAUCAGGGGGAAGGAAUGAACAGGGCAUGAGCAGGAGCGCCAGCAUCACCUCUCAGAUCUCCAACGGAUCCCAUCUGUCGUACACCUAGACAACACACACUCACACAACAAAACAGAAACACAGUAAUUGUCUUACAUGUAAAAAUCUUUGUGCACCAUGGUAACACUGUACACAGUGCUUCACAUACACUUGUUACACUGGGGUUUACCUCAGCCCAGCCCCGUCACCACUGUCCUCUCGCGUCACCGCUCGCAGCAGUCUGUGGAAACCCAACAGUCUUGAGACCAACGUGGCUGAAGGCCAUGUACAGAAUGCCAAUCGUGCAAUAGUGUUUUACUGUACCCCAGAGAGCUAUUUUUAUGUGCUUACAUUUUACAUUGUUGCCAUAGACUCAAAGUAGUGUAUUCGUAUUAUCUGCUAUGGAUUUUAGCAGCAGUUUGUUUGUUUGCCGUUGUGUGGUGCGCGAGGGAGAUUUUUUUAUUCAGUGUGCAAUUUAAAAAAAAAACAACAACAUUUGGAUAUUUGUCCUUGUGCAAAUUUCCUCAGGCCGCUCAACGUGAAAGCACAGAUAUCUUAAUCAUAGGAAGUUUAAUGAGAUUACUGUUGAGUGUCGGAGGGAACGUAGGGAGGAACGGUGUUUGGUACAGGUCUAGAAGGGGGAUGAAAAGAAUGGAGCAAAGGUUCUUGUAAGUGGGCACCAGUGGACAUCUGUGACUACAGACGUUGUGCUGUUGGACAGCAGAAAAAAAUGUUUAAUUCCAGCCUCAGUAACUUUUAACUGGUAAACGUCUCUUCCACCAGAGAGGAAAUGUAACCGGUGAAUUCCCCCGGUGCUGCACACGCGGCUUUCAAGUUCCUGGGGUUUAGGAGUUGUUGUCUACUAUGAGCAAAGAUGCCAAAAGUAAGGAAGCCGAGUCGGCUUUUGUUCCUCUAACCACUCACGCCAACAUAUUGUGUUUUCAUUGAGAUUUUGCCAGAGAUCAGUCAGUGGAGGUUCCGUUUGUACUAUUGUGGCCAAACAGAUGCAUCUCUUUGCUGGAGGAGCAGACACUUCCUGUCCGUGCUCAGCUGGGGUUUUUAUUUAUUUCUUUUUUUAAGGUUGUUUUUUUUUUUUUUGUUCAACUCUUGGGUUUCCACAGUCACUCACACCUGCGGCCAUUCUGAGGGACACUGACGCCUUACAAGUCCACAGCCGUCACGACAGGGAUGGGCUUUCAGCAGCACCUAACCUCUACUUGAAUAGUUCCAAAACUCUGUUCACUCUUCACGACUUUGCCACAAUUUCCUGCUCCAAUUUGGUUCUGUCACAGCGAUGCACUGCGCGGCGGCAGCAGCAAAGAAAAAAAGAGAAAAAAACAACUUCCUCGGCCUACCUCAAGAACACUCGAGUCGGGCUUCACCACAGGGUGUCGUCACUUGUCAAUGACUUGCACUUUGGCACAGGCGUUUACCCACACGACAUAAUAAUCAGACAUAUUUACACGCGCGCGCACACACAUCAAAUUGUAAUUGUAAUUUUUUUUUAUUCCCCGGUCAACCUAUGUCCCUUUGCACACUUUGCUGAUGAAUGCAUGUACAGGGUAACAUUUUGUGAAAUUGAUAGUGGGACAUGUUGUGUUUUUUUUAAAUGGCGCACUUUGCUGAGUAGGUUGCAAAUGAAGCGAACACCCUCAAAAUCCAAUAUUAGAUAAGAUAAGACUUUAUUAAGCCCACGCUGGGGAAAUUCACUUGUUUGCAACAAGGGAAGAGGUAGAAAAUAUUACGUAGGUCAACAGUUAUUUAUUUGAGCUAUCGUCCAUCUAAAAAAAAUAAAAUUAAAAAAAAAACCCAGUCGUUGACUUUUAAAGAGAUGUUUUUAAAGGGGUAGAAUAAAAAAAGAAUGAACACUGAGGAGCUUCACUCGCCCUCUUCUGGUUGGUGACUGCUGAAUGUCUCAGUGGGCGGAUGAUGGGCGGUGAUGCUGUGCUCUCCGCUGCCACGCCCCUGCACCCUUCCCCGGGCUGACGCCCCGCUCUGCCUCACCCCCGGUGACCACCGAUCCCCCCCGCCCCCGCUUCCCUCCCUUCUGUUUCCUCCCCCCCUGAGCCCGGUGUGGUCUUCACCCACCCUACCACACACACACACACACACACCCCUCCUCCUCUAUUUGAGAAGAGCUCUUCAAGUGAAAGAAAAGAAGAAAAAAUAUAUAUGUAUUAUUAUAUAAAUCUAUGUAAAAAAAAAAAAAAAAAAAAAGAAGGAUUGUAGAGAAAUGGAGAUAAAGGUGGAAGUCUUGUUGUGAAAUGCAGAGAUUAUGCAUUAUAUGAUUUUUGUUUUCCAGAGGUGGAAUGUACAGGAAACCUGUUAAUAUUGUAUAUUUUGAAUUUGAAAAUAUGGAAAAUCUAAUUGACAAAUCAAAGACAAAUGAACCUGUUGUGAUGCGGACACAGUGACGUGGUUUCAGAGCGGCGGUGGCAAAGUGCUUCACAGCCGCUGCUUUGUCUUUUUCACUGUCUCAGUCGCAGUGAGACAGAUAUUCUGUUGUGACUGAAAACAACACAACUCUAGGUCAGAUUGCCUUUCGAGUAAAUGGCAUCGAUUUUGUUUCACGCUGAAUGAGGAUGAUUUUGCACAUAAUUUGAAAUCUAGUUAGGUGUAGCCUUUGAUUUAGCAUGGGCUAUAUUUUACUGACAUUACAGAACCCGAUGUAGAGAAAACUACGUAGAUUUUUCUUUUGCUUUAGAAGACUCACUAGUGAAGUCGAGGUUACAAUAACAUAAAAAAAGAAAGAAAGAAUUGUUCUGUAAAGAUCCAAAAAGCUGCUGAAUUCAAAAACAUUUGGCUGCAUUAACGAUAUUUAGUGCACUGCACAACCUGACAUUGUUUCUAAGUCCUUGCACAAGACGUUGAAAAGAUAUCUGUCGUUUGAUCUCUGCAAAGAGUUACGCUCCGGUGUCGUGGGCUCCACGGAUGAUUUUUAUUGGACUUUAACGUCCGAUUUAUGAAACAUGCGCCCUCUUUUCUUCUGGCUAUAGACAAAGCAUUUUCACACUGCACUUAAAAGUAUUUUGCCUUAGUUUUAAAUCUUACCUCCCUGAACUCAAAAGCGUACAAUCCUGUUGUUUUUUAAUGGCACAGAAAAGAAAAGAAAAACACAGAAUGAGGGUGAUCCCACUUCUCCCUUCUUAGUAUUGGGGUCAGGCAUAAGAGAAAAAAUGAGAAGAUGAAGAUUUUCCUUUCUUAUAUUUUACGUUCCGAGAAUAAAAUCGAAAUGUUGUAAUAUCAAGAAUAAAGUGGCACAAAAUCAGAGGAUCUUUUUUUCUUUUUUUUAUUCUGCACAAAGUCGAAAAUGUUGAGAAUAGACUUGAAAUUCCCAGAUUAAAGUUGACGAAUAUAUCAAACUACUAACGUAUUGGCUGCCUCCACAGAAUGCCUAGUGUUGAUGAAUUUGUGAAAUUGUUUCUCCAGAAUCAGUUUUUAGCAACGAGGACAAUUCUCCUUCAGGCACAGACCUAACACUGGUUUAGCACACGGUCUGUUCAGAAAGAGAAACGCUGGGAAACACUGGCAGCCGUCAAUAUUUCAACUUUAAUUCCGGAAACGUCGUUGCUUCUCACGUAAUGGAGAGAAAAAAAUACCACUUCAUUCUUGACAUUUCCAAUCUAUUCUCGAAAUGUAAAAAGUAAAGGAUAAUAUUGCUCCUCUCAUUUCCCCCCCUACUACUCUUCCGUACUCUUCAGCCACUAUGUCUUUGUACCCUACAUAUUUUAUAUAUCUUUUUCCAGGGCUGUAGUGCUUUUAUUUCCUUUAAUACCAGAAAGGGUCGUUUUAUUUUCCAGAUGUCCUGCGACGGGCAGAUCUUUCCACCUUCCUUUGUGUUGACUGGAAGAACCAGUUGUUGUUUGUUCGGCAGUUGGAGCAGAGUCUUGCUUUAGACCUUGGUCACUCUGAACUGGAUCAGUUGCACUGAUUGCACAAGUGAUUGACCAGAUUAAAGAGUCUACUGUGACCCCCCCCCCCCCCCCCCCCCCCCUUUCUGUGCGCUGAGGGAGGUCUGCCAUUGGCUGAGAGUCGGCGGGAGGCAGGGUUAUGUCUCUGUACAGUCUGUCGAUCAGUAUUCUUUCUUUUUUUUUAUCUCCUGUCUUUCGGUGGAUCUUGCUGUUUUAUUCUCCCCCGGUCCAGAGACCUGUAUUAAAAACUGUAUUAAAUUGUAUAGAUUGUGCAAAGAGCUGAAUGUCGCCUAGCAAAAGAGAAAAGCUAUUCCUUACAGAUGACAAAGUGAUUUAAAAUGUAUAAAAGAAAAUUCAGACACAAGGUUUAGGGGAUAAAUGUAAUAUUUUGUUUGUAAUUACUAUUUUUUGUUGGAAGAGGGCUACUGGAUAAAGAAUCAUCUGUAAUAAAGUAAUUUUAAUAUUU